AUGGCGAGCGCCAGCGAGCUCGAUCCGACGCCCCGGUGCUAGCUCUUGGAAUCGGGAGCGGCGAGGCGCUCUACAUUCCGCGGCGCGGCGGCGGCGACGGCGUCGGCGGCGGCGCGGGGAUUUCAUCCGGCGAUUUCUUUUAUCCCCGGAGCGCUGGCAUCGCGUGUUUUGUUGCUUGUGCGGGGUCCAACGUCGCUAGCGCGGCCUCUCUUUUUGCCAGAAACAAUGCUGUCCCCCUCGUGACAGAGCCAGGUACACAAAUUGGAGAUCUAAAUUUUAGAUUUUAGCUUGCAAUGGCUGGGGGCGAUUAAAGAAUCCUUCGCCAAAGUCAAGUUGGGAGGGAGAUAAAAUAUAUGGACAGCUUUCCUCGGGGAAGAGCGCACAGGCUACAAGCAUCAUCCAAUCUUUUUCCGUGGCUUCUUCGACGAAGAAGCACAGCGCAGAAGUUUGGUGGGUUUGGGAAUCUAGAACACUUAGAACACAGGAUUGGGAGGAUCAGGAUAGAACAGGAGGAUUUAGUUUUCCAGUUCUCUGGGACAGAGCAGAUGAGUGGGAAUUGGUCGCAGGGAUUGGAUCAUCACAGGUUGCUAUGAGACAGCACGUAGUCCAUGGGUUGCGUUUGUGGGAAAGAUAGUAGCUCCGGAGCAUUCGGGAAUGCCAAUUCCGGCCUCCUCGCGAACUUUAACAGCUCUAAGGCUCCCAAGGAGGACUUCGUGAUGGUGGAUGACUUGAGCGGGGAUUUGAGUGAUGAUGGUGGGGAUAAGCUGGGAGUUUCUGAUGCGGACAUUGGGCUGCCGAGGCUAGCAAGGCUCUCUAGUCAGUAUCUUCCUGCCAGUGGCUGUAAGAUUACGCAGGUUCCAGAUGGCAAUUUCGAGCUCCGGUUCUCGUUCCUCUCGCAGAGGGGCUACUAUCCGGAGGCUUUGGACAAGGCCAACCAAGACAGUUUUUGUGUACAUACUCACUUCGGGAAGAAUCCCAACGACCAUUUUUUCGGCGUGUUUGAUGGCCACGGCGAGUUUGGUGCUGAGUGCUCGCAGUUCGCGAAGAAGCACUUGUGUGAGAAUCUGCUCAAGCAUGGCUGCUUCACCGCGGACGUUGUCCAGGCCUAUCAGUCGGCUUUUAUCACCACGAAUCUCCAGCUCCACCGCUCUCAGGUUGACGACUCCAUGAGUGGUACCACGGCUAUAACAGUUCUCGUCCGGGGGAAGACUCUGUACGUUGCAAAUGUUGGUGAUUCCAGAGCCGUGCUUGCUGAGAGGAUCAACGGUAAGCUGACUGCGGUAGAUCUUUCAAGUGACCAGACUCCUUUCAGGACUGAUGAGUGCGAAAGGGUCAAAACGUGUGGAGCUAGAGUGCUCACACUGGACCAACUUGAGGGCCUGAAGAGUCCUGCUUUACAGUGCUGGGGUGGGGAGGAGGACGACGAUGGGGAUCCUCCCCGCUUGUGGGUGGCAAAUGGAAUGUACCCGGGGACAGCUUUUACAAGAAGCAUAGGUGACACAGUUGCUGAACGGAUUGGAGUGAUUGCCGUGCCGGAGGUGGCAUCUUUCGAGAUCAAUGGUACGCAUCCGUUCUUCGUCCUCGCAAGCGAUGGCGUGUUUGAGUUCCUCUCAAGCCAGGAUGUUGUCGACAUGGUAGCGAAACACAAGGAUCCACGUGAUGCAUGUGCGGCGAUUGUAGCUGAAUCAUACCGUUUAUGGUUGCAGUAUGAGACCCGUACUGAUGAUAUCACAAUCAUUGUUGUGAACAUUGACGGCUUGGAAGAGGAGAAUCACAAUCAAAAUGCGGUUUUCCACUGUAAAGGUGCGGAGCUCCCGUUUAAGCCGCGGGAUUACAGUGAACCCGCAGAGCAGGUGCGUCCAGCGAGCCAUGAAGUGUCUGCUGCAAAGCUGCGAGCAAUUGAAGCUUCUCUAGAGCAUCAAACAGAAUGGGUGCCGCCGUCUGAGCAGCAGAUAAAAACCGAUGAAGAGAAGGCGCGAAUCAAGCAUGCUUUACAGGGCAACUUUCUCUUUCACAAUCUCACAGAGAAACAAUGGGAAACGCUGUACAAUUGUUUUGAGAAAGUACAAGUUCAACCUGGAAAGAUUAUAAUUCGUCAGGGGGCCGAAGACGAUCACUUCUACAUCGUUGAAAGCGGCAAGUUUGACGUGUUGGUGGCUCAGGAUGAAAAUCAAAGCGAAGAUGACUUGGGAACAAUUGUGAACCAGUACACUGCUUACAAUAGCCCUUGUUUUGGAGAGCUGGCAUUGAUGUAUAAUAAGCCCCGUCAGGCGUCUAUUCGCGCUGUUACCGAAGGUACACUGUGGAUGCUUGGUCGAGAAGCAUUUAGAGGUUUACUGUCGAUGAACACUCGAAGAUCCGCACUGAAACAUCUGCGGGCUGUAGAAGUCCUUGCGACGUUGAAUAUAGCGCAGCUUGUCCGUCUCGCCGAUUCAUUAUCGGAAGUUAGCUUUCGGGACGGGGCAGUGAUAGCACAAAAGGGCGCUGAAGUCUCUACUUUUUAUCUCUUACGGAAGGGUUUUGUUGAUGUAAAGCACCAUGGAGCUUUAGAAAAUCUGACCGAUAGAAAGGGUGAGGGGGAUUACUUUGGCGAAUGGGUGCUACGGGGUGAGCCUUCACGUUCUUUGACCGCAGUUGCAGUUGGUGAUGUUGAGUGCUGGGCUAUAAGCAGGGAAACUCUCGAGAAAGCUGUUGGCCAGCUGGACCGAGUCAUCGAAGACAACAUGAAGCUGCGGGAGAAGAUACUCUCUUUGAGAAAGCAGCAAUCUGCAAAGCUGGACACUCUGUCGAUAACUAGUGAUUUAGGAGACUUGGAAUGGCAAGAAACUGUAUACACGACAGAUUGCUGCGAGGUUGGGCUGGUUAGUUUAAAGAAAACAGGACAGGUUUUUAGCAUGAAGCGUUAUCCCUUGGAAGUUAUCAAAGCACUCGGAAGGGAGUCUCAAGUGCUGCAGGAAAAGUUUCUGUUUCAAGACUUAAGCCCGUCUUUGUACGUGCCGCAAGUGGUAUGCACUUCUGCGGAUGAGAGGUACGCUGCAAUGCUUCUCAAUUGCGCGUUGGGGGGGCCGCUGUCCCUGAUAUUGAACACGCCACUCUCGGAAGACUCGGCCCGGUUUAUUGGUGCCUCUGUCGCCAUGGCGAUUGACUCUAUGCAUAAGGAUGGAGUUGUUUACCGUGGAGUAUCUCCAGAUAUGCUUAUGCUGGAUAGAAAAGGACGACUACAGCUUGCUGAUUUUCGGUUUGGCAAAAAGCUGUUAGACGAACGAGCUUACACUAUCUGCGGCAUGGCUGAUUUUCUCGCCCCCGAGAUUAUCAGAGGUCAAGGUCACGGCUUUGGUGCUGACUGGUGGGCUUUGGGAGUGCUCUUGUAUUACAUGGUACAAAACGAGCUGCCGUUCGGAUCGUGGCGAGACAGCGAGCUGGAUAUUUACAGCAAGAUUGCCGGUAGGCAGCUAGUCUUCCCUUCCACUUUCAGCGGCGAACUCGUUGACUUGAUCGACAAGCUGCUGGUCGUGGACGUCUCCCAGAGGCUCGGCAGCCGAGGCAUGGAGGAGAUCAAGGCCCAGCCGUGGUUCGCCGGCCUCGACUGGGAGGCGCUGCUCGAGUGCCGCACGGACGUGCCUUUCGAGGUGUUAAGUCGGCUCCAGUCGGCAUUGAAGACGUCACGGGCGGACGACAGCCAUCAUCUGCUCAUCAGUCCCUCGGCUACAUCCGAAGAGUCGAGCGCUGCGCCGCAGUGGCUGGAGAACUGGUAGGGGGGGGUGGUGCGCAGGAAAGCUUUCAGCAAUCACAACUCGCAGGGCCUGGACUGGUGGAGUAGCGAGCAAAUCCUUUCAAGCUCCAGGCAGAGCUCUAUCCCUCCCCAGCUUUCAAGAGAGACAAAGAGGAUAAAGAGCUCGUAAGUUUCUCGAUGGAACGGGAGAGGCGUAUGUUCUUCGGCCGGUCACUCUUUCCGUGCUUAAAGCCUAAAGGUGUGGAAAUAAACUCGGGUUGUGUGUUUAAGGUGGA